UUCCUGUGUUGGCGCAGACAGCUGAUGAAGAGGACUGUGGAAGACUGUUACAGUGCAGGGAAGGAGAGACGCUUCUCGGAGGAAGUUCAGCUGAUUACACUGACCUGAGGCAUUUAGAUGAGAACAUCACUCUGGCCCUGGCUAACAUGGAUUACUCUCAGCAGUGGAAAAACACUGACACGGAGCCAGGAGAAGGUGCUGAAGAUCACCUCAAAGAAACCCUCCUUCACCUCGCUGUCCGCUUGCAUUUGGUUCACCUCGCUCGUUUUCUAAUUCACCAAACCAGAGGUCAAAGAUUGUUGAGCUUACCCGAUGAGGGAGGAGAAGCUCCAAUCCAGCUGGCUCACCGCAACGCGCUUCAUUCCACCUUGAGGGACCUGGCAGUGCCUUCAGGAGUAGCCAUCGACCCCCUUCCAGGUGUUUUCUGUCUGUGGGCUGACAGCUCCUGCAUGUUGAGAGUUUGUCCAAGAACCGAGUCUGUUUUCCUCACUCAGCGACAGUCUCCUGAUAGGCGCCACCAGGACUCCAUCAUGGUUCUAAGAGAAAGACUGGACGACCCCAGAGUUUGCAGAGAGAUCAACAUCCUGAGAGAUGCUGCCGGGGAACACAAGCGUCGUAGAAAUGUAGCUCAUCUAAUUAAACGAAGUGACACCAAGGAGCUUAAUGUAGACAGGAAUGCACUGGUGGACAAUGUUUUUGAAGAUCAGCCGACUUUGUUUUUAAUUGACACUGAUAGUGAAGAAGAAACCUCAUCCUCACUGUCCGUAAACGUGCACCUGAAGCAGAGCACAGAAGUUCAGAACCAAUUCAGCCAGCGUGCUUCAGACCCGUCACUCUCCAUGAUCAAUGGCAAUGAUCAGACCUUUGCACAGCACACUCAGGCUUGUGAAGAGGACAUUAAGUUCAGAGUAGAUGAUGUGACAAGAGACAGCACCAACACUGAUGGCAGUUUAUGGGACCCUGAGGAUCUUCUCCUUGCAACUGACACCCCUCCACCCCAUUCUCACUUAAGAGAACUCCCUGCCUCUCUGCCUAGCUCCCUCUCUCUCUCACCAGUUGAUCAGGCCCUCACCAGGCUGAACCGUCGGCCCUCCACUGAGCCGAACAGUCACAGAGACAGUCCAACAAUGGAAACCUGCGACAUCAGUCUGGUGGCCCUGGAAGUGGACAGUGAGGAAGAACCUCCUGAGCCCAAGUCUCUGCUUUCCCGCCUAUUUUCAGACGUUGGCAAAAGCGAAGAAAAGAAAGAAACCCGGCGUCCCAAUCCUGAUCUCACCUGCACUCGUAGCCAGUCGGCUUCAGCAUGCGAACCCAACUCCAAAGACUUAAGCGAGGAAGGAGUUCGGCUGCGCUCCUAUUCCUACUCACACUCCAAGUUCUGUCCUAGUCGCAGCAACCGGGACAACCACACAUCGGAAGAUGGCGUUCUCCACAGUGUCAGCCACAGCCGAUCUCUUCUUCAGGCGCUCUCUCUGUCUAAAUCCACCCUGUCUCUGUCUCUGCUACACCCGGGUAAGCAGAGAACCUCCAGCAUAUCUGAGCCGUCCCAUGACAAAAGAGAGGUUAGGUUCCGUAAACGGGCCCAGUCUGCUGAUGAUGAGGGCAGCGUUGAGCUGGCAGAGUCCCUGCACCAUCUCACCCUGUCUGAGUUUCUCAAAGAGAUUGAAGAAGAGGAGUUGGAAAAGUGCAAUAUUCCAACCAAGGCAGAAUCAGAGAAGUAUAAAGUCAUUCGUACCUUCAGCUUCCUUAAGAACAGGAUGUCCAGCACACGUAACAAGAGCAAGGUCAACAAGGGAAAAGGGAAGGACAGAGAAGCCAAGGAUAGACAACUAAAUGGGCAUCGGUUUGGAGCGGGCCCAUGUUUAGGGCCCACAGUGUGUGUGGUUUGUGACAAACCAGCUUCUGGAAAGGAUCUUCUGCACUGCUCAGGUUGCACUGCUAUCGUCCACAAGGGCUGUAAGGAAUCGGUCCCACCAUGCUUGAAGAAACUUCAGGAUAGGCAUGCCACGACUGGACUAAAAAGCAAGACAGCCUCCCUGCCACAGAACUUCAUAGUGAGAGAGAGCCCCCCCCAUUCUGUGAUCCCCAUUUCUGUUUCCCAACCUGUCCCUACCCCGAAGGAGAGGAAAGACACUGUAACCCAAUCAGGCUCUCUGCCUGGAAGUUUACCAAACAGUGACAGUCUGCUCAGCGAGAUUUCAGAGACAGAAUCUGAAGCCCUAAAGCCAAACAGCCUUUCAGAGGAGCUCCUGCCAACUCCAGGCUCCUCUGCCUCCAAUGAGUCAUCCUUCGGAGAAGACUGUGUGGACUCAUAUAUUCACACAUACAGUGACAUAUUAGCUGAUUCUGCUGAUUAUGAAGCUGAGUCAUGGAGUCUGACGGUAGAACACAAGUUCUGCAAGAGGCAAGACAAACGAGCUGUCAAGAGGCAGGAUGUAAUCUAUGAGCUGAUGCAGACUGAGCUCCACCACCUGCAGACGCUGCACAUCAUGGCUGAGGUGUUCCGGCGUGGUAUGAAGGAAGAAGUCCAGCUCGACACGGAAUCUGUGGAGCGAGUGUUUCCCUGCCUGGACCAGCUGCUUGUUCUCCACCAUGCUUUCUUCGCUGCCACGAGGGAGCGGCGUCAGACCUCUGGGCAGCCCCAGGGUCAUAGGAACUACCUGAUACAGCAAAUUGGAGACAUCUUGCUUCAUCAGUUUUCAGACGAGAAUGGAGAAAAAAUGAAGCAGGUUUACGGAGAGUUCUGCAGUCAUCACAAUGAAGCAGUCAGUUUUUUCAAAGAUCUCUUGCUUCAUAACAAGAGAUUUCAAAGUUUUGUUAAGCAACAAGGUCAUAACUCUUUGGUGCGCCGGAGAGAGAUCCCUGAGUGCAUUUUACUGGUAACCCAAAGAAUCACAAAGUACCCAGUCCUGCUGGAGAGGAUACUACAUUAUACUCAAGAGGAAACAGAAGAGCAUGGUAACAUUUUCAAAGCUCUGGCGCACAUCCGAGAAGUGAUAGCAGCUGUAGACUCGAGAGUCAGCGAAUAUGAGCGCCACCAGAGGUUGCAGGAAGUGUGUAACCGCAUGGAGAACCGCAGUACAGCCAAGCUGAAGAGUGGACGCACGUUCCGUAAGCAGGACAUGAUGGGGCCGGGUCAAACCCUCAGAUACCAGGGUGUGCUACUGUGGAAGACCGCCACUGGCCGACUUAAGGAUGUCCUGGCACUGCUCCUCACCGACAGCCUCAUCUUCCUUCAGGAAAAAGACCAGAAAUAUGCAUUUGCUGCUGUGGACCAGAAGCCUCCUGUGAUUGCACUGCAGAAAUUAAUAGUUCGGGAAGUUGCAAAUGAAGAAAAAGGGAUGUUUUUGAUCAGUGCCUCUUCCGCCGGCCCGGAAAUGUACGAGGUCCACACUUCAUCCAAAGAGGAACGAAACACCUGGAUGAGGCUUAUUAGAGAGGCUGUAGAAAGCUGUCCAGAGGAGACGGAGGGAUCUGCAAGCGAAUCUGAAGAGGAGAAACGAGCUGCUGAGGUUCGUUUCCAGAAGAUCCUUAAACUUCAAGAGAGUUUGACGAGUCAGGAUCAGCAGAUCUGCUCCAGCCUGGAGGAGAAGCUGCAAAUCUAUACGGAACUGUCUGCUCUGAGCGGGAGAAUGGAGGCCGUUUCAGCAGAACCGCGUCUGCUGGUCCAGAUGCAAUCAGAGGAGCUGCCGCAGGCGGCUGGACUGCUGGCUGCUGCCCUACAAGAAGCUGAGAACCUCAAAGCUGCACUGUCAUCCAAGGCCCGUUCUCUGUCAAGUCACAGCCAGGACUCGGACUCCAUGUUCCCUGUCAGUCCCGACGCUCUCGCCGAUCCCACAUUCGAGGAAAACGGGGGAAGCCUGACUGAUGCUUUUGAGUCUCAGUCUGCAGCUGACUUACAAAAAAGAGAUGGGAGCUGUAUUGAUUUUAAGGCUGCAGAGAGUGUCCAAACCCUGACUCAGCUGCUCUACAGUUUACAGGCUGCCGUAACCAUUCAGGACACUUGCUAUGAGGUCCAGAGACUUCUACUCCAAGCGAGUGAGCACACCUCGCCCCGCAGCCACUGCUUGCCCCUCCACGGCCUUCGCAGCAACACCCUGCAGGAGCAGGAGAAGCAGCGCAACCUGGAGAAACGCAAGGAAGAAGUGGCGGCAGCCCAGCGGCUCCGGGAACGGCUGCGCCAGGAAAAGGAGCGCUGGGAGCGAGAGUGCCAGGCAAGAGAGAGCCAGCAGGUGGAGCAGGAGAGCAAGCUGGAGGAAAGGGAGAAAAAGUGCCAGCUGGCUGCAGAGAAACUGAGGCGGGAAAGGCAGGAGCUGGAGGAACAACUUGAGGAGUACCAGCAGAGCCUGGAGCGGCUCAGAGAGGGUCAGAGGAGCGUGGAAAGGGAGCGGGAGCGUCUGGAGGAUCAGCACAAGCUGCUCCAGGCCUGGAAGCACGGUCGGCAGAGCAGCCUGCCCGCUGUUAUACCUCACAUGGUCAUCCCUCUAGAUGUGCAGCAGGCCUCUCCGCCAUAUAACUCCAGACGGCACGCCGGUAACGGCUCCGUGUUUGUGAACGAGGCGGCGUACGCUGGUGACAGCUUUAACAACCGCCAUGUCCACCACAAACGCAAUGACCCGAACGCACACAAUAGUUUCAACAGCCUGCUGGACAGAUCUAACAGACAGUACCCUGUUGUAUCCAACCCUCUUGGAUCAGGAUACAUCUACAGUCCCAUAGGAAGGCUACAGCACUCGACCAGUGAUCAUAGCUAUAAUGGGGAGACCUGGAUGUCGACGGCUGACCUCAAUCCACAGCUCACACAUCCCAGUGAGCAUCAGCUGGAGCUGAACACGCUGGUUUCCUUGGAGACAGACAGCGAUCAGGAGGACGGACGGGAGGAAACAAUUGUGUUCCUCUGAAUAGAAGGCCAACACGGACAGCACCCAGAAACAUUUCACUCUUCUCUAAUUGAAAAAUGAAAUAUCUCUUUGCUCUUUUAUUUCUUUCUCUUUUAUUUCUGAAAUAGAGCAACACUGUUCAUACAGAAACAGAGGGAAAAAAAAGAGCCAGACAUUGUCUCACAUGUGUCAUGCACCUUAUGUUGUGUAUAUACAUAUAUAUGUCUCUGUGUCUUGCUCCCGUCCCACACACCUCAUCUAUUGAGCACCAUAUUUAAUACAUUCAAACCUGGAGAAAAUAAAAAAUGCUGCACCCUAUAUAGAUGAAAACACCAGCUACAUUUCUACAAGUGCUUUUUCUUAACACUGCAGUAAAUUUCAGUUUUUGCAGAUCCACUGCUAUUUAUAUAUUUUUUAUUAUUUCUUUGAAAAAACCCGCAGACACGGUUUCAGUAGAAAUUUCCCAGUUGCAUUACUGUUUGUGUUUUGCCAGGGAUUAACACGAAAGAGUGGAAGGCAAACAUGAGAAGUACUGCUUGGAGUUUUUUUAAGCAAGUGUAGGAAGCCGGUGUUUUUUUUUGCUGUGAAAGGAAUUUAAUAUUUGUUGUCUUAAACGAGUCAAAUUAAAGGUGUCAUAGAGGUUUUUUUUAAGAAGGAUAUUUUGUGAAAGUUAGGUCAUGUUUGUGUUGGAUAGUUACUUAGUCGGGGGGGUAUUUGUACAGGAAAUGUAGGUAGGUAGCCUAGGAUUUUUUAUGUAUGAAACAAACUGAGAACAUAGUUUACGUUCAGACUGAUGAUAAAAUAAUGUAAAGCAGUUUAUAAACAGUUAUCUGGAUUUACAUUAGUAUUUUUUGUUUGGUGGCUGUGUCGGCCAAAACAGGCUAAAAUGAGGAUAACUGUCCGGUUAGCGUUUAGCCUUCCAAUACUGAGGAAUUCUUCACCGUAAAAAACAAUUCUAAAAAUAAGCACAAAUCUUUGUUUAAAUAGGUGUAUUUGCACUUUAUCUGAGCAGUUGAAUAACAUGAUCUAUGAGGGGAAUGAGUAUUUUUGUCCUUUAACUAAAAUAGUUAGAUAUUAUGCACUUAAAAUAAGAUGACUUUAUUUUUAUUAUGUCAUUCCACUUGCAAACUGUCUUGCU